AUGUUCACCACAUUGAAAGCGUUGACCAUUCUCGCUGUCGUCACGAUGGCGGCCGCCUCUGGCGAUGUCAUUGGCGACACCGAAGCUAUAUGUGGCACCGAUCAAUCUCUGGCGUCGGUGGCCCUAAAGGACUCCGAGACGACAAAGUAUCAAUUGGCGCAAGCCGUUGCCCGCCUCAAGAUCAGCGGGGGGUGGUGCACCGCCUGGUUGUGGGGAUCAGAAGGCCAUUUGGUGACCAAUAACCACUGCAUUGGGUCCGCCGCCGACGCUGCCACGGCCAUCGCCGAGUUCGGCGCCGAAUGUGCAACGGCCACUGACCCUAACAACGGCAUCAAGGGGGCAUGCGUCGGCACCUACGUGUCCAACAGCUCGACGUUGAUCAUCACCGACCCCACGUUGGACUUUACGUUGGUCAAGCUGAACGUGAACCAUGGCAUCAACAUUACCCAGUUCGGGUACUUGCAGGCCCGCGACUCAGCCGUGCACAUGAACGACCCGAUCUACAUCACAGGGCACCCUGGUGCCAAACCCAAGCGCAUCACAUACUUGAGCGACGACGGAAAGUCCCCCCGCAUCACCAACACGUCCACCUCGUCGCUGUGUGGGGAACAAGACACGUUGGCGUACAACGUCGACACGGAAGGGGGCUCGUCUGGCUCGCCUAUACUUGGCGCUCUCGACAACAAGGUCGUGGCCCUGCACAACUGCGGGGGGUGCACUGCCACGGGGGGUGCCAACACGGGCAACAAGAUCGAAUUGAUCAUCAAGCUGUUGAAGUCCAAGAACUUGUUGCCCAAGGAUGCUGUAGCCGGGGACCGCUGCUAAAUGUAGUGGUUAUUGUACUUCGUGAUCGUAAUUCGCGCAACGGGCACUGCGUUCCCACUUGUCGAACCUUGUUUGUUGACUCGAACUACUACCGGGUAGUAACGUUAGAGAUGUAAUGUGUAAUGCCCGCUGGCACUUUAUGAGUUGUACUCAUGGUGGGUAUAUAACCUGACACCAG